UCUCCCUCCAACGGGGUGACGUCAUUACGGCUCGUCUGAAGACGAACGUCUGCUGCUGUUACAUUGUUGACGUUUUUAGUUUUACCAUUUAAUUGACUUUAAAUCAUCAGAUAUUUUUACCAUCAGAUCGCUCUUCGAGCUAUACCUCUGCAAAAAUGAAAUGGAUGUUUAAAGAGGACCAUUCUCUGGAGCACAGGUGUGUGGAGUCAGCCAAAAUCCGUAACAAGUACCCAGACAGAGUUCCUGUUAUUGUAGAGAAAGUAUCUGGUUCACAGAUUGUGGACAUUGACAAGCGGAAGUAUCUGGUCCCGUCUGACAUCACAGUGGCCCAGUUCAUGUGGAUCAUCAGAAAGCGGAUCCAACUGCCUUCUGAAAAAGCCAUUUUUCUUUUUGUCGACAAAACUGUCCCUCAGUCCAGUCUGACUAUGGGGCAGCUUUACGAGAAAGAAAAAGACGAGGACGGCUUUUUGUACGUGGCCUACAGUGGAGAGAACACAUUUGGAUAUUAAGAUCCCCGCAUCACCCCCGGCUGUGCAACACAUCACUCCCACUUCUGUUGGACUAGCUUGAUUGUUCUGUGGUUGGGAACAGGAUAGACUCAUCUGUGAAAUAAUCACAUAGCAGAUGUGUUUGUAUUUCUAUCGUCACCUGUCAUAUUGUGCUCUGAAUGAGAUUGACUCCAUUAGUGAUUUUCUUCUUUUGGUGAAUGGUGUUGCAGUAUUAUUACAGACGCUUAAUCUUCACACUGAGAAUAUAUAGCAACUUUUAAUGUAUUAAUUUAUCUGUUUUACCCCCCCUGUAAAUGAUAUAUUUAAGAUAAUUGAAAGGUAAGGUAGCUGGAUGACCUAACCAAUAAAAACCAAAACCAAAAAGA